AUGGAUAGUGAAGCAUGCACAACUAUCAUUGUUGGAAGCAAAAUGAGUGCUGAUGGAUCUAUGAUGUACACUCGUUCGGAUGAUUCUUCCUCGUAUAAAGCGACAAAAUUAAUGUAUUAUCCAGAAACAGAUCAUGGACCAGAAGAAUUCGUCGCCAUUGACAGCCCAUUCCGUUGCAAACUUCCACCAAAAAGACUUGGUUUCAGUGCUUUAGAAAGAGCAGAAUUACCAUAUCACUGGGGCGAAGCCGGUUUCAACAGUCUUGGUGUUAGCAUGAGUGCUACAGAAACAAUUUUCUCAAGUGCAGAAGUAUUAAAGCAUGAUCCAUACGUUGAAUCCGGAAUUGGCGAAAAUUGUGUUUUCCAAAUCACAAUUCCAUAUGUUAAAACAGCCAGAGAAGGUGUUGAGAGAUUGGGAGCACUUAUUGAAGAGCAUGGCAGCGCAGAAGGCUUCGGCAUUGCUUUCAUGGAUUCCAAAGAAAUUUGGUAUCUUGAAAAUGCCGGCGGACAUCGUUACUUAGCCUGCAAGAUCCCAGACGAUGUCUAUUACGUCAGCGGAAAUCAAAGCAGAUACAGAGUUUUCGAUCCAAACGACAAAGAGAACUUUAUUGCCUCAAAGGACUUAAUUCCAUGGGCCAUGGAGAAAGGAAUCCAUGCACCAACAAACAGUCCAUUCGAUUUCCACGAAUCCUAUUCAUUGGAGUCCCAAAAAGAUAAGACUUACAAUUACCCAAGAGUUUGGUAUUUACAGAAGUUCUUCACUCCUUCUGUCGAAACUGACGUAAAUUCAAACAAGUUCCCAAUCUUCCAGAAGGCAGAUAAGCCGAUUUCGGUUGACGACAUGAGGAUUGCGAUGAGAUCCCAUUAUGAUGGAACAGAACACGAUCCAUACUUACAUGAGAAUCUUAAGGAGCCAUACAGGCCAGUUUCUAUCUUCAGAACAAUCAAUACUCACAUUUUGCAGAUCAGACCUAAUUUACCAAUCGAAAUUGGCUGCUUGGACUACAUGGCCAUGGGAUUCGCCGAUCUCUCCAUCUACUUGCCGUUGUACCAGGGAGUCAAGUCAUAUCCACCUCAAUACUCCGAAGGAUUGAAGCACUCUACACAGGGAUCCGCUUACUGGACAUUCCGCAAAGUAAUGACCCUCGGAAUGCUCGAUUACAAUAAAUACGCUCCAAUCAUCAAGAAGGCUUAUAAAGAGUUGGAGGAUGAGAAUGACAAGAAACAGGUAGAAAUGGAGGCUGAGUUCCUUCGCCUUCAUAAGGAAUCGCCAGAAAAGGCAACACAAAUGUUGCAGGAAUGGUCUGACGCAGUUCUUAACAAGGCUCUCCACCGCGCUGAAGAGUUAAUCGAAGAAUUGUUCACUUUAGUAACAGCUGAUGUAGAAAUUAAGUACAAAUUCGCUGGAGCUUAA